GCGGAGUGCUUUCUUAAAACGGUCGACUACACUUUGUAAUUUCUGAACCUCGGAAGAUCGCCAAUAAACAAUACUCGAGUACAUACCUGCAUUGUACGUGUUAAAAGAGGAUCUUGCUCAGCAUGUCUAGCAAGGUGCCUUCGCAGAAAAGCUGGCCUCGGAAGCCCAGAUCAACAUCUGGCAGGCGGCGUCAGAACUCACUGCCAUCGUCUUCUAGCCGAGCUCGACAGAGCUCGAUCGCGAUGUCAACGUGCUUGCCAACAUCGAGCACGACCCCAGAACGCGUCUGUCGUCGCGUCACUAUUCAGUCUCCAGCACCACGACCGAGUCGUACCUUGGCGACUAUUCAUAGUGAAGCCUACGUGCAAGAUGGGUGUGGCGAUAAGGAGUUUGGUGGAGAUGAAGAUACCCUGCACGAGGUGGUGAUGUCGGUGGACAUGCGCGAGCGUGGCACCGUGGGGUGUGCAUACUACAUCGCUCGCGACGAAACUUUGUAUGUCACGGAGGAUAUUUUGCUUGGGGGUCUCGAAGCGGUCGAUACUUUGAAGCUCUUCGUCCAACCGACGGUUGUGUUGAUACCGACCUCAAUCGACGACUCGGUCAUAGAUCUGUUGAACCCUGAGCCCGAAGCAGAGGCAUCCGAACUCGAUGGCUCGAUCCGCCGAUUACCAUAUCUCUUUGAAUUGAGGCCUUCAAGCGAGUUCAAAUAUGAAGCCGCAAAGAGCAAGCUUGUAGCACUCAGCCUCCAACAUGGUGAUGGGCCGCGAAUGGAUUUUACGACACCUGUGGAUAUUGGUGUUGAUACUAAUGACUGUCGUCAUGUCGGGUCCUCUGGGAGACAAGGCCAGGUCCUCAGACUAUCCACGUGGAUGGACAUUGACAGUCGACUCACGGUCGGCUGCGCUGGCGCACUUAUAGCCUACCUUCAGCGGAGGAGAGCUGCAAGUUAUCUACCUGGGGAUACCGCUGCAUAUGGUAUGUUUCGGAUAGCUAGGGUGGAAACAGUCAGCUUGAAGGAAUCAAUGUUUGUGAACUCGAACACACUGCGGUCGCUCCAAGUCCUGCAAGCUGAAUUUCAUCCUCAUUCCCACAACCAAGGACCGAAGAAUUCAGGAUCCAAAGAAGGUCUUUCCAUAUACGGGUUGUUUCACCAUCUAGCGAGGACACCCCAGGGAAAGACAUUGUUGCGUCAGCAGUUCCUUAGACCGAGUUUGAACUUGGAGGUCAUCAAUGAGCGAUUGAGGACUAUAGGUGUGCUCACUCGACCAGAGAACGCCACUGUCCUUGAUAACCUAGUUUCACAUCUCAAAGCUAUCAAGAAUAUGCGUAUGGUAAUCAUUAGUCUGCGGAAAGGUGUAAGUGGUACAUCGAAUAAAAGUAGCGGCAUCGGUCGGAAUGUAUGGAUAAGUAUUCGCCAGUUUGUCUUUCACGCUCUCAAGAUCAAGGACGUUUUACUUGAGAUUAAUGGAUCGGACUGCCUUGUGAUCAGACACAAAGUUCUCGAGAAGUUUGAACCGCAUCACUUCGCUCAAGUCGGUCGGAGGAUUACGGAAAUUGUCGACUUCGAAACGUCUGCUGAAGAACACAGGACGGUAGUCCAUGCUGGUGUUGAUGAGGAGCUGGACAAUUUGAAGAGAACUUACUAUGGUAUUGAGUCGAUACUCGGUGAAGUGGCACGAUAUUUGGCUCAGAAGAUGCCACCGGAUCUGGAGGUCCAGCUCAACGUGGUGUUCUUCCCUCAGAUCGGAUUUCUGAUAGCGGUACCAUUGGAUGCAGAGACAGGUGCAGGCGCAUACGAAGGAGCUGCCGAUGAUGUAUGGGAAAGAAUAUUUGUCACCGAGGCUACAGUCUACUACAAAAACACCAAUAUGGAAGAGAUGGACAAUCAUUUUGGCGAUAUACAUGGGUUGAUUUGUGAUCGAGAAAUUGAGAUCAUACAUGAACUUGCUCAGUAUGUGUUGGAGUACGAGGCUAUCCUCAGUACAGCAUCCGAUUUAUGCGGUGAAAUCGAUUGCUUGUCCGCACUCGCUCAGGGCGCGAUUCAAUACAAGCUCGUACGGCCAAAAGUAAAAGAGGACAAUGUCAUUCAUAUUCAGAAGGGCAGACAUCUACUCCAGGAGCUUACGGUACCUUCAUAUGUGACAAACAGCGCAUAUAUACUUGGAGGUAGAGGAAGCAUACCACAUCAACAUCAUGCGCAUGAUGAUUCACUGGCAGCUUUGCGAGAAACUGAAACUGCGAAUUCGACUAUAAGAAAUACGGGACUCGAAGCGUCUCAUGCCCCAAGAAUACUCAUAAUGACAGGCCCGAACUACUCUGGUAAAAGUGUCUACUUGAAACAAACAGCAUUGAUUGUUUUCAUGGCCCAUAUUGGUAGCUUCGUGCCCGCAGAGAGUGCACAGAUCGGCCUGACAGACAAAAUUCUUACACGAAUCAGUACACGAGAAUCAGUGUCAAAAAUGCAAAGCGCAUUCGCGAUUGAUCUUCAACAAGUUUCGCAAUCCUUAAACAUGGCUACAAACCGCAGCCUACUUGUGAUAGAUGAAUUCGGUAAAGGCACCAAUUCAAGCGAUGGCGCUGGUUUAAUGUGCGGCGUCUUGGAUCAUCUCAUUAGCCUUGGUGAUGAGUGUCCGAAGGUCAUUGUAGCAACUCACUUCCACGAGCUUUUCGAAAAUGGGUUUAUUGGACCUCAGCCGUCGGUAGCAUUCGGCCAUCUCCAAAUCCGUGUCGACAAAGAGGCUCUGGAGGUUGGAAAUCAGAUCACGUACCUAUACAAUUUCCGCGAAGGUAAAAGUAUUAGUAGUUUUGGUACGAUAUGUGCCGCCCUGUAUGGGAUACCGCCAGUAAUUGUGCGAAGAGCAGAGACUUUGAUCGUUUUAGCUGCAAAAGGAGCUGAUCUAGUGGCCGAAUGCUCGAAAAUGCCUAAGACAGAAAUUAAAGAGCUCGAAGAUGCUGAACAGAUCGCGCGAGGCUUCCUUGCUGCAGAUGUCCACCAGGACCCGAAGACCACGUUGGACGAGAUAGUGAGCUUUACUACAACGCCUGAGCCAACGUACUAGAUGCCUAGCUGUUCUAAAGUCUUAAGGGUCGCAUCACCGACGAGUGAUGGAAAGGGAACCUCACAUGUAUUCGGCGAAUUACUAUGAUUAUAUACUACUCAGGUCAGAUUUCAUCACAUGGUAUUCGAACUCGACAAAAAGAUGAUCCUGCGUUACGACAGUGGACCCAUGAGUCGUGCCUUGCUU